AUGGCGUUCGUUCUCCCACCAGCUGAUUUUGCUGGUCCUCCUUCCAAUUCUUCGGAUCGUGCCAUUUCAACUUGCGCUUCAUCGGAAGCUGCGGGUUAUGAUGCCUCAGUGCACAAGAGGCCUGAGGAAACAGUAGAGGAACCUUCAAAAAUCCCGCUAGGAGGAGGCUCAGAAAGCGAUGAAAUGUCCUACCCUGAAGGGGGCCUCAGGGCAUGGUUGGUUGUUGUCGGAUCUUGCUUCGGAACUGCGGUCUCCCUUGGGAUGAUGAACACAGUUGGCACCUUCCAUUCGUACAUUGGUGAGCAUCAACUCAAAGAAUACGAUGAGGCCACAAUUGGCUGGAUUUUCAGCGUCUUCAUCUUCCUCGGUUUCUUCGGUGGCAUUCAAAUCGGACCCGUGUUCGACGCUCGGGGACCCAGAAUGCUUAUGCUUGCCGGCAGCGUCUGCAUGGGGACUAGCAUGCUACUUCUCGGAUCAUGUACUGAGUUCUGGCAUUUUAUGCUUUGCUUUGGCGUGCUUGGUGGCUUGGGUGUGUCUUUAAUGGUCACUCCGGUGCUGGCAGCAGUAAGCCACUUUUUCCUCGAAAAGCGAGCAACUGCCACGGGCAUCGCGGCAGCUGGGGGUUCACUGGGUGGCAUCAUAUUCCCGCUAGCUUUGCAGAAGCUAUUCUACAAGGUUGGGUUUGCUUGGGCUACCAGGAUCAUCGGGUUCGUUGUCAUCUUCUGUUGCGCAGUCGCAGUAAUCCUCGUUCGCUCGCGAUUACCUCCCAAGCCCGGACAAACGGUUAUGCCCAACCUAAGCAUCUUCCGAGACCAGUCGUACCCGUCGCUUACGUUGGGGAUAUAUUUCAUGGAAUGGGCGCUUUUCGUUCCAAUAACCUAUCUUACUUCCUUUGGCCUAUCCACAGGCGCCAUGUCACAGGAAAUGUCAUAUCAGCUCAUAGCAAUAAUGAACGCGGGUUCCUGCAUCGGGCGGUCAGUGCCUGAGUACAUCGCCGACAAGCUAGGUCGCUUCGACAGCAUGAUUGCUGCACUUGUUCUUUGCACAGCAAUGACUCUAACCCUGUGGCUCCCUGCAUCAAUCCUUACCACAGGCGAUUCCUACUCCUCCUCCGUAAUCGUUAUCAAGGCACUUUCAAUCACGUACGCGCUGAUUUUUGGCUUCGCCUCUGGUUCCAACAUAUCAUUGACUCCAGUAUGCGUCGGGCAGCUCUGCCACAUAAAUGACUAUGGAAGGUACUUCGCAACCUGCUAUAGAAUUGUCUCAUUUGGCACACUCACGGGUAUCCCGAUUGCGGGGAGUCUUGUUCGAGUGACCGGUGGACGCUAUUGGGGUGUCGUCAUUUGGACUGCGGCUUGUUAUAUCGCCUCCUUGGGCUGCUUCAUCUGGAGUCGUGCUUGCCGCGUGGGUUGGAAGUUAGGAGUGAAGUUCUAA